AUGGUCAAGCUGACCUUGGAGCAGCUGGAGUACAUCAGACAAAAGAAUAUGGCUCAGUGGGCAAAGAUAUUGGGGAAGAUGAGAAGCAGAAAAAUCAUCACUGGCCUGGCCAUAGGCAGCAUUGUGCUGGGGAUCUAUGGAUACAACUUUUACUCUGUAUCACAAGAUUUUUUUUUAGAUGAACUAGAAGAGGAAGCAAAAGUGGCCCGAGCAAGAUAUCCAAAAAGAUCUGCCAAUUAAAUAAGGCAAUUGAAGAUUUGCUUUGAAUUUUUUAUGAUGCAUGGAUACCAACUUUCAGCCUGGGUCAAAAAGCCAAAGCAUUUGACUAUCUUGUCCUAUAAAACUCA